GGGGAGGAAUAUGUCAUUGAGUGCAAGAGAAGAUAGUGCUUAUUGCUGCUGUUGUUGGUGAGGAUGCAGGGGGAGGGCUGCUAUUACUUUGCCUCCUUCUUGCUAAUUUUGCUCUGGAGUCCAAUGGGAGGGCUGGCAGUGCAGAGUAGGCUGAAAUUGUAGGCUAGGGGUGUGCCUGGACCAGCUUGUUACUGACACACAGGAGACUUGUCUACACAACGUGGGAGAGAGGGGACAGCAGCACCAACACUCACUCACAGGGACACAAAGAGCCUUUUCUGCAGAAUGGCUUCCAAGUGCCCCAAGUGUGACAAGACUGUGUAUUUUGCUGAAAAAGUCACAUCACUGGGGAAGGACUGGCAUAAAUUUUGUCUGAAGUGCGAGCGUUGUAAUAAGACCCUUAAUUCAGGCGGCCACGCGGAGCAUGAUGGGAAGCCCUACUGCCACAAGCCAUGUUACGCUGCUUUAUAUGGACCUCAAGGAGUAAAUAUUGGAGGAGCGGGAUCUUACAUCUAUGAUAGAAAACCAAGUGAAGACAAACCCACUUCUCCUACCGAGGUGCAGCCAAAGCCAGAAGAGAGGAAAGUUAGUGCUCCGGCACCCACCAGGAGUCUCAGCAAAGGCGCAGAGGGGUCCCCACCUACGGUCACAACUGCUUCCAGCAUUACAACCUUCACCGGAGAACCCAACUUGUGCCCUCGUUGUGGAAAGAAAGUAUACUUCGCUGAGAAAGUAACUUCCCUUGGCAAAGACUGGCAUCGGCCUUGCCUACGGUGUGAGCGCUGCUCGAAGACUCUUACUCCUGGAAGUCAUGCGGAGCAUGAUGGACAACCCUACUGCCACAAGCCUUGCUAUGCUAUCCUUUUUGGACCAAAAGGGGUAAACACAGGUGGCGUCGGAAGUUACAUCUACGACAAAGAGCCUGUUAACAAGGCUCAAGCAUAAUAGAGACCCGACACCUUCUGCAGCUUUUGGAUCCUUCUUCUUGUUGCUCGCGGCCUCCUCAUUAUUUGAUAGAUAUUACUUAAUUGUCAUUUAGAGAUAUAGUGUAGAUAAACGACCUUGGUGUAGUCCGAACAAGUUCUUUUUAAUGUCAGUGGCAAACUGCUGGAUCUAAGGAAAGCUACAUUGUUUGGAAUUAGGGGUUUUAUUGUCCUGUCCUCUAGGCUUGGGUUGUCACACUUACAGGUCACCAGCUGCUGUAGAUCUACAGUACCAGUCACAUGACGUCAAUGCUUGUAUGGGGAUGUGGGAUCUUGAAUUAAGUGCUGGUAAGAGCUGCACUAUGACAACCCUUGCCCAGUUUGUAGCUGUAUUAUUGCAAAUUCACAUUACUCUUCAUUCACAUGCACAUGCACGUUCAUCUCAUGCGUGGAAGUAGAUUGCAGCAGAGGAGAACCUCAAGCAAGCUUCCCAAGCACUGCUGUUUUAAACAACAACACCCCCCAACUUGAGUACAGGCAGAUGUCUCUUUAACUGGAUAAAUGACCAGUCCCUGGUCGUAUAUUUCAUAGGAAUAACUUUCCAAGCUUGAGCUCAAUAAAGGUGGGUCUGCUUUUGCUUUCUGCCAAAGAAAAUUUAGAUGGGCUGAACUCAGUAGUUACUAUAAGUGGAGCAACCACUGCCGCAGAUGAUUACUAUAGGAAAAUUGUAGCUGCUCCCAAAUAAUUAAGCACAUUUAUGAAAAUGGCAGGAUCCAUAACAUAUGGCUACACUGGAUUUGCUUUACUUGCAAGUGUUAGGUCAUUAGCUGUAGAAAUACGAACUUCUUGAACUCUUUACUUUUCUGCUCAAAAAGAGGAAAGGCUAAUGGGGUUUCACCAGCUUCUUGCAACCAACAUACAAAAUUCUAGAAACUUUAGCGAGGGCCUAUGAUCCUUAUCAUAAAAACAGUGGAAUUGCUUUGGAUAAAAUGGUUUCAAAAGACUGCAUUAUGAAAAUAUUGGGUGUAUGGUUAUAAAUUAACCUUUGUAGGUUUUGGCCUUUUGUCUAAGACCUGUGGGCUCCAUCGCCUGGACAACAUUGGCUAUUGACUUGGCAGCAGGGAAAGGUAGUUUUACGCUUUUAUGUACCUUAUGGUACAUUUUCACUAGUUUGCAUUAAAUGCCACUAAUACUGUAUUACUAGAAGUUGCAGAUAAAAGAUUACAUGUGACAUGUUCUAAAAUGUUGACCUUAACUGCAGAGUGCUUAACUGGAACAACUGUGGUCUAAUGUCUAUGCUGGUUCAACUUUGUGUUUUUUUUUUAGGGAAUCCACAAAACUAGAAUGGAUUUUACCAGAAUUCCUCAGUGUUUUAUUUACAUAUUUUCCCAUUGACUCCAUUGGAAGUAUUCUUAUAUAAAAUGCUCAUAGUUCAGGGGUUCUUCGAGGUGUUGCUAGAGUUCCCUACAAACCUCUGCUAUCAGUAUUUAUGACUUGUUAGCAUAAUAUAAUUCUCCAAGAUGUUCCAUUGCACUGAAACAGGAAUGUUGUUUUGCGAGUUUUUUAUUGACUGAAAAAUAUGAACCAUGCCAAACCCAUUGUCUCAACCCAAGCUGUUGUCCAGUGGAGCAUACAGUAUGUUCCUUGAUUCAAACACAAGGGCCAUUUCUUUCCUAGUAAUUACAUACUGAUUUUACUUGCAGUUUUGUUUCUACAAAAGUCAUUUUGUACUUUGCUGUUAAUGUAUGAACUUACUCCAUUAAACCUGGCAUUUAGGGAG